AUGAUCAAGACACUUUCAAUUGGCGACCAGCAGGUUCCUGUUCCUGGGUUUGGCGCAAUGGGCCUCAAUUCUGCCAUGGGAGCAGAUCUCAAUCUUGAACAAGCCGAGCCGGUUCUUUUGAAAGCCAUUGAACUAGGCUGUACAUUCUGGGAUACCGCAGUAGCCUACAAGAAUGGCGAAAAUGAGAAGCUGCUGGGAGAUUUUAUUAGGAAGCAUAAUGUCCGUGAUAAACUUUUUGUGGCCUCGAAGUGUGGGUUUGACGUCUUCAGUCCGCAACGCAAAGUAACCAACUCGGCCGAACACAUCAAGGAGUACAUCGAGGGAACUAUCGAUAGGCUUGGUUUCACUCCUGAUCUCUAUUAUCUCCACAGGAUCGACCCCAACACCCCCCUAGAAGAAUCCAUUGGCACCCUGGAUGAACUUCGCCGCAAUGGCAAAACAAAGUACAUUGGCUUAUCCGAAUGCUCUGCUGCAACUUUGCGCAAGGCAAAUGCGAUCGCUAAGAUCGAUGCUGUUCAAGCCGAGUACUCUGCUUUUGAGACAUUGCACGAGACCACUGGCCUAAUUGAGACAGCAAAGGAAUUAGGGGUGGCCUUUGUGGCCUUCAGUCCUCUAGGACACGGCUGGCUUGUGGAUGACUUCCAGUUCAAGUCUCCCGAUGAUUUCGCCCCUAACGAUUUCCGGCGCACUGUUCCUAAAUUUCAAGGUGAAAACUUCUACAAGAACAAGGCUAUCGUUGACGAAGUCAAGAAGCUAGCAAACAAAAAAGGUUGCUCAGUUGCGCAGAUCGCCCUAGCUUGGGUUGCUGCACAAGGGUUGAUUACUAUUCCAGGAACGACUAAAGCAUCACGCUUGGAAGAGAACUGGGGGUCUCAUGACAUCGAAUUGACAGAAGAUGAGCUGAGGGAGAUGCGGAAGAUUGUGGAAGCUGCGAAGCCGGUUGGAGAAAGAUUCUCUGACUUCUUCCAAUCCAUGGUUGGCCAUUAG